AUUCGCGUUAAAAUGACUUCAAAGCCAAACUUUAGUCAAUCAUCACACAAUGGCUUUGAAAAUAUUGUCUCUCCUCAGUCUUCUGACAUUUUGUCAUGCUGGAGUUCUUCCAUUUUUUGAUUCCAGAAUUGUAAACGGAGAAGACGCUAAACUAGGCGAAAUUCCAUAUCAGGUUUCUCUUCAAAACAAAGGUUCUUCUUCCCACUUCUGUGGUGGUUCAAUUCUGAAUGAUAACUAUGUUAUUACGGCAGCUCACUGCGUGCAAGGCAAAAGUGGCAGUUCAAUACAAGUUGUUGCCGCUACCAUUAAUCUAAGCGUCCCGCAAUCGCAGCAUGAUGUCGCAAAAAUUAUUGUGCACCCGAGAUAUAAUUCAGCUGAUUCCUGGAUUAACGACAUUGCUUUACUAAAAGUAAAAACUCCCUUUAAAAAAUCUGUCUACGUCGGACACGUUCCUUUGCCACCAAAAGGUCAUGCCGUUAAAGCCAACGAUAUUGCUAUUGUAUCGGGAUGGGGCAGGCUUUGGCAAGGAGGCCCAACUACUACUAAACUACAACGAGUUAACAUCGUUAUCGCUGAUCAAGAUUACUGCAAAUAUAAGUACAAUAAUAUGGGAUUAAACGUCUAUCCAACACAAGUUUGCGCGUAUGACCCGUCAAUCCAGAAAGGAUCUUGCCAUGGUGAUUCUGGUGGUCCAUUGACUGUUGGUGGAAAACUCGUUGGAUUAGUAUCUUGGGCAAAUGGUUGCGCCAGUACCACCUACCCUACUGUUUAUACUCGUGUCGUUUCUUAUUUGGAUUGGAUUGCAGAUAAUGCAAUUUAAAACAAUCUCGCUCACUUUCAAAUAUGAUUUAUAUUCUAUCCAUUUGUUGUUUAUAUAUAGAAAUAUUAAAAUUUAUAUUAUAAUUUUCUAUUUAUUAGUUUUUAAAAUUGGACAGAAACAUUUUUUUGGUGUAAAAGACAUAUGUUAUAUGACAUAUGAUUAUACAUAGAUGCUCAAAAUUGUAUAUAUAUUUUAAAUGAAAUAAAUGUUCUUUAUUU